AUGGCCAUCAUGAGUUAUUCGUUGUACUUUAUAUUAUUGGCAGUGCAGCUGACGAGUAUCUCGGCUACACAACCACUACCACUGAAAUGUAUUCUUCAAGACAACCAUUUCUUGACGAUAUUCAACAAAGGCAAUGGUCGUACCAACCCUGACGACGGUCUUACCAUUAAUGUUCCCGCAUUAGAUAAGUUGAAGAUAGAUUAUGUUAAAGUUGACAGAGACGGCUUUUUGCUUGAAGCGAAGGAUCUAGAAAUUGAAGGACUAGAGAAUGCAAUUUUGGAUGACUUUGGAAUAAAUCUAGUUAAUAACAUCUCCCAUGUAACCUUCCAUACGGAUAUACUUACAAAAUGUUUAUAUAAGGCAGAUGGGUCGGUAUUAUUUUUACCGAUUAAUGGCGAAGGCUAUAGCAUCGUAUCUCUCAAAAAUUUACAAGUUGGUAUGGUAAUUCCGUUUGACAUUGUGGACAAAAACGGUAAAAAGUAUUUCGAACUGAUGAGUUACGACUACUGGUACGAUGUAAGAGACAAUGCAAAUAUAAGUUUUUCCAAUCUUUACUACGGAGACAAAGAAAAAAGUGACAUCAUGCAUUAUCUUUUAAAUCAGAACUGGAAAUUUAUGACAGUACGUUAUGGGACGAAUUUUAUGGCAGAAUUCGCGAAACGUUUUUUCAGCAUGUUCAAAAAUUAUUUCCUCUCAACGCCUUUGAGGGAUUUCGGUACUUGCUAA